AUGGAAAUAAAAGAAAAUCUAUAUAUUUUGAAAGAAUUUUAUCAGCCUGAUGGUUUGAUGACUGUUGGAAUAUUUCAUGGAAGAUUUGUAGGAAAAUAUUUGGGAACAUUUUUUAAAAGCUUAUCACUCGAUGAAUUCAAAAGAAGGAACAAGAAAGGAAAAAAGGUUCGAGUUGUUUGUAUGAAUUUCUCUUUUAUUGAACAUUUGAGGUCAUGGGAAUCUUUAAGCGACUCUCGUUUUUCGCAUAUUUGCGUUUUAUUGGAUUUGGGCAAUUUUAUCAUGGCAUAUCUUGCAUGUUCGUUCUUCUACAAAUUUCCUAGCAUACUCAGGCCACCAACUCAGUGUUUAUUUUUAAAGAUAAAAAUGUCUGAAGAGAAUUUCAAUAACGGUUUGAUGACGGGUUGA